GGGGAUUAGCGGUGGUCUUGUAUGGUGAUCGGCGCAUACUGAAAGUAAUUAACUUGAUAAUAAAUAGCCAUUGGACCAGAAAGCUUACGGUCAGAAGAUGCAUAUAAUCUACAUCAGCUGACGGCAGUUUUCAUACGGCUUUCUUUGCAGUAAAAGUAAAUGUUGGAAUCUCGAUCAGCUGUUUUCAAAAUGUUACGUGAUAAGGCAUACAAGGACAGACAAAUAAACUCGUUUGUACCACCGUACAAUACUGAUGCUACACCUUAUCGACAGACUGACUUCAGCCUCGAAGUAAGAGAAACUUGCAAGUCUAAUGCCUCCAUUACUACUGGGUUGAAAAUAUCCAAAGCCAUUUUCAUUGGGGAUGUAGCAGUUGGUAAAACUUGUGUGAUCAACAGGUUUUGUCACGAGCGAUUUGAUGCAAACUACAAGUCUACAAUUGGUGUAGAUUUUGAAGUAGAACGAUUUGAUAUACUGAAUGUGCCAUUCAAUCUACAAAUUUGGGAUACUGCUGGACAAGAAAGAUUCAAAGCAAUUGCGUCAUCCUAUUUUCGUGGUGCUCAUGCUAUUGUCAUUGUAUUUGAUUUGACAAGUCUCAUGUCACUAUCACAUAGCCCUGAAUGGCUCAAGGAAGCAACAAAGGUAAAUUCAGGCAAUCCACAGAGAUACCUUGUCGGAACCAAGAGAGAUCUGAUGUCGGCCAUUGCAUAUAAGGAAGUUGAGAAAUAUGCAAUCAAAAUGGCCACGGAUCUGAAAGCAGAAUUUUGGGCAGUUUCGUCAAGCACUGGUGAAGGUAUUCAAGAGUUAUUCUACAGGAUAGCAUGUAUGGCAUUUGAGAAUUCUGUAAAGUCUGAAGAGUCUGUGAGAAGUAGGAUGAUUACAUGUGGCACAGACCUUGAUGGUUUCCAGAAAAUUCAACCUUCUUCAGCUGAGAAGUCACGACAAAAAUGCAACAGAUGCAAUGUUUAAAAUUCAGUGAUGGAACCCAUUUUGAGAUAAAAUUGUCUCUUCAUGCAUCUCUCAGGAACUAACUGUAUUUUAUGUGCAAAAUGUAAAGUUUUAUACUGUAUAAUUUUUAA